CAGGGUCCCCCUGGCGAUUGGUAUGCUGGGUCAUCCUGUCCAGGUUUCCUCUGGGGGAUCCAUACGGAUCCUGGCGGUCAUGGUGCGGUUACCUUGGGUAUUCAUGUGGGCUAUUCGGGAAACAAUAGUUGGAUGCCGGGUAUAGCCACCGUCCCUGGGAGGGUACUGGCCGGGGUCGCCCCGAUUACCCCAUGGGGCGGGCCCCCACGGUCCGGAUUCACAUCAUCCGGGCUUCGACCGCCGUCUCCUCGUCCAUCGCGCUACAUUGGAUGCUGCUCAUCGUUAUCGAAUAGGCAGAAGAGAUGGCAGCACCAGCCCCGAAGUCGACAGGCUGGGUAAAAAAGGUGCCGCCGUCGCCCUUGACCCAAAGCAGUCAGCCAUCACCACCUCGAGGUCUCGAGGACAGGACUCAGGGCUUAGGUGGCCUCGGACGACGGGAGCCAGACCUAUAAAUAGCCUUACAGGUGAUGCAUCUCCACUGGGUGCGGCCUAUCCGCCGUUUCGAGAGCGGUCAUCGCCUCCGGGCCAGUGGUUUGCUUGUCUUGCCAGAUGGGGAAGAUGGGCUGGAAGGAGUCUUCGUGCCAACGGCACCCACAAAGAGGCCCAUCAAGCCCGGAAAUGCCCGAUUCAGCAAAGAGGCCGGCGAAUUCGACUUUGAGUUUCAGGCCAUGUACCCGGCCUCAACCUCGGACGGUGCAGACAGCAGCCCGUCGGCAGAUACCCACCGCCAUCCUACCCCAAUAGCGACCGCAAGCCCUCGUCGUCCGCUUUUGCCACAUCGAGUCACCGCAGCCGAGGACCUGAUAUCGCCGCCGCUUUCCCUGGAACUGUCUACCCCUGUAUUCCUUUUUCCUCGACCCCGUGUGAACGCCCGUGCGCCUGCUGCCCAGUCGCCACAAACUCUCCCCUUUUAGGUUCUGCUCUACCUACCUAGUCGGGAUACCUUGGGCCGAAGGGGGUGUUGCAUCGAUGAACUCUCUGGAGCUCUCGCAACGGACUUUCCAGCCAGGGCCGUCGAGACAAUGCGCCCGGUAUGGCCGGUGAAGCUGGUGUGCAAUUUGCUUAAACUGGCAUGUGCUCAAUCUCCCAGUUCAUCACCAGCAUGUGGGACCGCUUGAACUCUUCCGAGGCCCGGCGCUCGCACUCCUUGUCGAUCCAGCCUUGGCCCAUGCCAAGAACGCCAGCUGCCACUCCAGGUC